GCUCACCAUGUGUGACUUGACUUGCACCAGCGACGGACUAAACUGCGUAAGUCUCUGGAAUUUUCUUCUAUAAGGUAAUCUUUGCAUUAAAAAAAUAUUUGCAAUACGCCGUUUGAUGACAGUUGUAAGUAUGUUCUUGUUUUGCUUUACAGUUUAGAGAAGCUAUUGUAUAAACAUGAAGAUACGACAAAUUAUGACCGUUUGCAGAAUAAACCGAUUGCAGUGCUGAACGAUUAGGGUUAUUUUCCACGACCUGGCGGGAAUGAUUCGAUUGACCCCAAUUCGUUUGAACCAAAUAUCUAAAUGAAUGUUUGUUCAUAACAUAAGCAGUGGAGUAGCCCACAGUGUUUGCGUUUUGUUUUUUAAUAUUUCACCUAUGGUGGUUCCAUUAAGAUUGUAUUUAACAGUGAUGGUCCCACAACAUUAUUGCACAGCUUUAUAGGCUUACAUUUGUACUGUAAGUACCAGGGAAAUACUUUUAAACACACAUCUUGUCGCCUGCAGCACGGACAUCAUAACAUGGAAAACUGGUUAGACAGUCUGCCCUAGUGCCACCAUGCCAAACAUUACAAUUAGACCACCCCACUGGCAGGAAGAAAAUACACAGGAAAAAGUAGGUGAAAGUUGUUCAAGAACGGAUUAAAGUCACUAAACUCUGAUUGCAGAACCUACUGUAUUGGAUGUGAUAAAUACAGAAAAGUUACUGUGAACUGUAAUGUUCAAAACAAAGAGUCCUGUGGCUUGGAAAUGAGCUCAUGUUUUCCUGGAUGAAUGAUUCACUGCUGGACUGGUACCAUGUUUAUUUCUAGCUGCACAAAUUAGGCCUAUCUGAAUAACAAUACCCAUUGCAUUACUCCUCAGGCCCAGCAGCCUUGCUUGCCAGGCUAAUAGACACACGGCUGGGGAACAAGACUAGUUCAGCUACAUCGUGAUGCAGUGGCUCCAGGAUGGAACAACUAGCUGGGCUUGGCUCUGCCUGUCCUGCUGCCUCCUGCUGAGUGCCUGGUGCCCGGUGGGGGCGGAGGUGGGACCCACACCCGACCCAGAGUCAGGGGAGCUCAUGCAGGGAGACUGGGAGUGGGGCUCCGGUUCCUUCAACCUCCAGGAUCUCCUCCACAGCUUCCCCGCCGACAGCCCCUUUGUGACAGAGACUCCGGGGAACCCUGUCAACUGCUCCCAGCGCUUCUGGCUGCCCUCUGCCUCUCCAGUCUGCUGGGACGACAUCGCGGGGCCAGAGGAGUUUGAGCAGUCCCGUCUGCUGGUGCUCCAGAACAGGGCGGCCCUGCAGGCGGUGUCCCUGGCUAGCGAGGUGGUGGUAGAGGGGGGAACCUCAGCCUCGUUUAAACAGCAGGCCUUGGAGGACUUGCAGGUGGUGCGGGCGGACUACCUGAACGUGACAGAGACGACGGAGACCAUGCAGAAGGUGUUCCUCACACUGGAGGAGAAGAGGAAGGAGGGGACGGAGCACUGGACCUUCUCAAGGUGAGGGGGAGGGGAUGGAGAACUGGACCUUCACAAGGUGAGGGGGAGGGGACGGAGCACUGGACCUUCUCAAGGUGAGGGGGAGGGGACAGAGCACUGGACCUUCUCAAGGUGAGGGGGAGGGGACAGAGCACUGGACCUUCUCAAGGUGAGGGGGAGGGGACGGAGCACUGGACCUUCACAAGGUGAGUGGGAGGAGACGGAGCACUGGACCUUCUCAAGGUGAGGGGGAGGGGACGGAACACUGGACCUUCUCAAGAUUAGGGGGAGGGGACAGAGCACUGGACCUUCACAAGGUGAGGGGGAGGGGACAGAGCACUGGACCUUCACAAGGUGAGGGGGAGGGGAUGGAGCACUGGACCUUCUCUAGGGGAGGGGACGGAACACUGGACCUCAAGUUGAGGGGGAGGGGACGGAGGACUGGAUUUUCUCAAGUUGAGGGGGAAUGGAUGGAGCACUGGACCUUCUCAAGGUGAGGGGGAGGGGAUGGAGAACUGGAUCUUCUCAAGGUUAGGGAGAGGGGAUGGAGCACUGGAUCUUCAAGGUGAGGGGGAGGAGCACUGGGUCUUCUCAAGGUGAGGGGGUAGAUUCACUCACUGCACCACAGCACUGAGUUGGCCCCUAGUCUUGUUCCACCUGCUGUUUGUGGUAAACAGGACGGCAUAGUAGGCUUGCUCUAAGCUUGACUCCUAAAGAAUGAAUACUCAAGCAGUCAUAUCAAUGCCCUUUUAACACAGUGAUUUUGUUUGUUAUUGGCAUAGUAAAACUAUUGAGAAAUGAAAUUAUUGUAGAAUCUAGUUCAUCAAAGGGAAUUUAGUGAACUUCCUCUAGGGACAUGUGCAAGCAGGAGAAUGUGUAGAGGAGUGAGGGAACAAAAGGGAAUGUGGAGCUUUCUGCUGCAACCAGCAUUGUUGAAUUCCUAGCGGAUGAAGUCAUGCAUGAUCAACCACUAGUCAGGACCUGUCCUACUGAGUAGAGGGGUCUAAAAACAGAGCAGAAACAGUCGUCCAAACACCGCCUGAAUCAUUUCACGUUCUACUUCUUCAGUCCUCCCCACAUCUGGCUGAACCAAAGUCCUGGUAUGAGAUUAAUUACAAAGCAUUACAAUGCAAUUUAAUGAGAUCAGACUUUCUCUUUCUAGUACCAUACAGUUUGAACCAAUCCCGCUGGUAUUGGUUUAUUCGGAUCCCCAUUAGUUUUUGCCGAAGCAGUAGCUAUUCUUCCUGGGGUCCACACAAAAACAGAAAACAUGACAAGUAACAAAACACUGAUACACUGAUAGACAAUAACAGUCACACACAUUUAAAAUACAAAGAUAUACAAACAAUACAACUAAAUAUUAUGUGCGUGUAAUUGAUAGUGUCGGUGUAACUUCUUAGAUGUAAUUAUUUAGGAGCUCCAAGAGUACAUUAUUAUGGAAAAGGUUUAUUGGACUAGGAACCUGUUUUUAGGUUAAUGUGUAUUGUAUCUUUAGUGAUUUUUUUUUAAAAUGUUGUCUGUUUCUAGUAUAAAGGAGCACAUUGCCAACACGAAGGACUCAAUCAAUGGAAGAGACCACGUGGCAGCCCUCCUAGAGAAACAGUUCUCCAGCCUAGAGAAGUCUUUACACAUCAUGCAACUCCGACUUGACAAACUAAUGGCACAGUGAAUUAUGUGUUCUUCAGGCUCUUUUUUUGUCAGCUUUUGAAUGAACCGUACCAUCAUGUAAUAUUUCCCACUAGAAAUGCAUGCAUACUCAGGGUAGGAAACCCUGUACAAAGCAUGAGGUGUACUUUCUCUGUAUUUGUACUGUAUUCUGUAUUUAUUCCUCCAUAGCGUCAUGUUACUAUUAAGUGUAUUUUAAUCGUAUGUAUCUGAAACCCAAACUGCAUGCAAAGCCUACAGCAUCGGGGAGAUAUUGAUGGCAAUAAAAUCUAUUUCUAUACUCCCAGCCUGCAGACCUGUUCCAUAGAGAUGUUUUUUAUUGAAGUACAACUGUGUGUGACACUCAUACAGUGUGUGGUAUAAAAUUGUAACAUUUAUGUAAAUGCUUUGUU